GCCCGGAUUUACAUGUUUGUCUGUGUUGUGUCUCAGUGAAAACAACCUCACGUUUCAAACACACAUCUACGACUGAAGGGGAGGAACGGCACAGCAGCCCUUGUCAAAAUAAGUCCAGGCAUGGACCAGCAGCAGUGUAUCAUCGAUACCCACCACCUCACGACACACACCAUGGGCAGAGGAGAUCUCGGCCGGGGGGAGGGGAAGAAGAGGCUCAUCUACAUGCUGAAGGACGGUAGCUGCCCCGUGGUGUUCCACCAGUCCCCGGGCCAGUGGAGCUUCUUCCUGGCCGACAUCUUCACCACGCUAGUGGAGCUCCGCUGGAGGGUCAUGCUCCUCAUCUUCUGCCUCUCCUACAUCCUAUCCUGGCUCUUCUUCGGCCUCCUCUACUUCCUGAUCGCCUACGUCCACAAAGACCUGGAGGACCACGACACAGCACCGUGUGUGGCGAACGUCCGCAGUUUCACCUCCGCCUUCCUCUACUCCAUGUCGACCCAGGCGACUAUCGGCUACGGCUUCCGGGUGAUGACGGAGAACUGCAUGGUGGCCAUCGUGGUGGUGACAAUCCAAGCCCUGAUGAGCUGCUUCAUCGACACAGUCGUCAUCGGCAUCACCGUGGCCAAAAUGGCGUGCGCGAGCAAGAGGGCGCAGACGGUGGGCUUCAGCAGGUGUGCCGUGGUCAACGUGCGCGAUGGCGCCCUGUGCCUUGUGUGGCGCAUCGCCGACUUCCGCAGGAACCACAUCCUGGAAGGUACCGCCCGGGCGCAGCUGGUCCGCCCCACGAAGCACCCCUCUGGGAUGAUCUCUGUGACCUACCAGGACCUAGACAUCCAGAGUAGACACCUCAUCCUGGCCACCCCGGCCAGCAUCGUUCACAAGCUGGAGCCUGGGAGUCCCCUCUACAGCCUGGGACCAGACAGCCUGAGGGAGGAGGACUUUGACCUGGUGGUCUCCUUCACCUACACUGGUGACUCCACAGGCGUCCUGCACCAGACACGUACCUCUUACACACCAGCAGACAUCCGCUGGGGCCAGCGCUUCCAGGACAUGGUACAGGUGGGGAGGAGGCACUACAAGGUAGACUAUGCCCUGUUCCAUCAGACCACCUGGGUGCAGAUGGCCAUGGUCAGCGCCCAGGAGGGUGACAGGGGGAGACCGCCAACCACGGAGUCUAUCGUCCAAUCGCAGCAGCCGUUUGUGAGAUCGAGCAGGAAAUUCCGGAGGUCCUUGGCUGAUGUCAGUGAGGAGGUGGUUCAGGAGGCGUGGCUCUGAUGACGCUGUGAUAAUCCCAAAACAGCAGAGACAGAUAACUACAUUAUCGUACAACAUUAUCAUUAUGUUGUACAUUAUCGCACAGGACUUUAGUAAAGGACUUGAGUAAGUGUAAUAGGGUAGUUUCAUUGUAAAUAACUAUUUUAUAUCAUAUUUUAUACUUCUUUGUUAUUUCCUUUAUGAAUUU